AUGUUCGUCGACUGGAUUGUGCACUCUGCCGAGAGAUUUGGAACUGUUAGGGUCGUUUUUGCCCCAUUUGGAGCUUUUGGGACCUCUGUAUUUCACGCCAUCUGCAACUCCAUAACCACAAAUACGCUGCGGAAGGAGGGCGACAGUCUCAUAAUCGAUAAUAUUUUAUCAUCUCCAUUGAAAUUUACCAAGGAACAGACGCCUGGGCUAUUUCUCGAACCAGACAGUGCCGACACGAGGCUAAGCUUUAUCAUGGGGGUGAUGCAGUCGCUUACUAAAUGCUGGGGAAUGCUCGUCAACACGUUCGACGAGCUCGAGCCUCGUUAUCUUCAGCACCUGAAAAAUAUAUUGAACGGUAAACCCCUUUGGUCAGUCGGUCAUGUGGUUCCUUUGGGCUGUAUUGCUAAUACGAGAGGGAAAAAAUCGGACAUUAGCGAGCAUAAGUUGGUGCAAUGGCUAGAUUCUAAAAGUCCGUGUUCAGUUAUCUAUGUCUCAUUUGGAAGCCAGGCGUUUCUUACACAAGAACAAACUCAGGCACUGGCGAGGGGUCUUGCAGCCAGCCAUCAGCCUUUUGUUUGGUCCAUCAAAGUUUCCCCGGAAAGUGUAUCUGCACAAUCAAACCAAGAAGAAUUAUGUGCUUCCUACCUUCCAGAAGGAUUUAUGGAGAGAGAUAUUGGGUUGGUCAUAUGGGGAUGGGCGCCACAGCUUGUUAUUUUGUCCCACCCAUCUGUGGAUGCCUUCAUGAGCCACUGCGGGUGGAAUUCUACUCUAGAAAGUAUUUUGAAGGGCGUCCCGAUGGUCACAUGGCCGAUGUUCGGAGAACAGCAUUUUAACUCUAAGCUGGUGACUGAGGAACUGGGCAUUGGCGUACAGUUUUGCCAAGAUAGGGAUGCAAUUCCUUGUGAAGACAAGGUGGAGAAAUCCGUAAGACUUCUCCUCAGUAGCGACAAAGGCACAGAGAUGAGAAAACGUGCUGUGAAAUUUAAGGGAUUGGCUCAACCAUCUGUCGGAGAAGAAGGAUCUUACACCUUAAAUUUACAAGAUUUUGCUAAUGAGAUGCAUAAGCUCAUGAAAUGUAAGGCUGAAGAUAGGGUUGGGUAUGGAUAUGAUGUAAGUGUCUGA